CAAUGAUCAGUCCACAAUGUCCGUUGUUGACGUUAUGCAAUGUGAUGAAUCCUCGGAGGACAUUCGACCCUUUGAAUGGCUCACCAGUCCAUCUUCUUUGGGGCCACGUAUCCGAGAAGCACUGGAAGGGUCAGUAAAAGCCGACGGUGACGGCAGCCGCGUUCUGCAUGUUGGUUGUGGUAGUUCCGCACUAGGUGAAUACCUCCUGGAGAACAGUACUCUUUAUGGAAUUUCCCGUGUAAUCAACGUGGAUAAGGAUGUCUCGACGCUGAGACGAAUGCGAUCUCGAUGGAAGAAGAAGAAUGCUGGCCUCGAUGAUUGUCGACUGCAAUACGAACAAGUCGAUCUAUUGACGGAGAAAAUCAAAUGCCAAAGCAACACGAUCGACCUGGUGAUCGACAAGUCGACACUGGAUUGUACCUUGUGCAGCGAGGAGACAACCGCGUCCCUCUUGACGGAAGUCUACCGUCUUUUGAAAGCGAAUGGUGGAGUCUAUUUACUGGUGUCGUUCCACAAUGUCGGUCUUUUGCAGCCAUUGCUAGAAAACUGCCCCGGAACCGACUGGGACGUCUCUCACUCCGUCAUGAUGCGUCAAGUGGAAGAUUUAACUUCUCGUGACACAAGGUGUAUCUCUCCGCAGAAGGCUAGUAGAAUGGAGUCCAGUACCGCCUGGACUGAAAGCUCGUGUACUCCCGACGAAAUGUACCGUAAAACGGUCAACGUCUUCUUCUGUCGCCGGCGUCCUUCGGGAGACCACACGCACGAAUUGGAUAGAACGUCUGUAUCUCACCACGUUAACGAGACAAGCAAUAAGUGGUACCGUGACGAAAGUCCAAUGUUGACGGAACAACGCAAGAUGGAUCUGCGCAACGCGUUCGGCGAUGGAACACUGGACUUGGAGUCGUGCUACCGAAUGGUGUUUUCGGAGGAGGAACGGGAUCACCUCGACUUUGAAUUCUUUCUAGAUGAUUGGAAAUCGUUUUGUGAAAGAGGAAUAAGUGUAGGGAGCGAUCACAUGGACUACGCCACGGCGGUAGCUUUUCUGGAAGAAAUGCAGUAG